ACUCGUUUUGAAACAGCGACACCUAACUACAUUGAAAAUGGGUGGAUUCUGUUCCUAUAACAACAAAAUUGUUAUCAGCAUCCCACACGGUUGUCAUAAGUUGAUAAUCAAGAGAUUAAUUUGGUGCUUUUAUUGAAGCAGGUUUGUGGUGGUUUGAAUUGCAGGAGUCCAGAAGUGGCUUUUUUCGACUAUCAACAAACAACUGUGAGAAAAAUAUGGCAAUCCAGGUAAAGCCAGGAGAGAAUCUGUUUACAUCUCAGGUGGCCGGAGGCUGCACGGACUUUGCCAUCAAUUUGUAUCAGGCAAUUUUACUUGAAAGUCCAAAACAAAACAUCUUUUUUUCUCCAGUUAAUAUUGCACUAUCGUUAGGCAUGACUUUAGCUGGUGCUAAAAACAAGACAGCAGAACAGAUAAGAAAUGCUCUAGGAUUGUCUAGUUUGGCUGAAGAUGAGAUUCACCAUGGUUUCAGAGAGUUGCUGCUAGUGUUGAAAAAGGAAGAGGAGGGAAACUUGACACUUCAGCUAGAGAAUCGUAUUUUUGCUCAGACUGGGAUGAAUAUUCAGAGCAGUUAUAGUUCUGCUUUAGAAAUGUUUUAUGAUAGUGAUCUUGGUAGUGUUGACUUUCAAAAGGAUCCAAGUGGCUGUACGAGCCAUAUCAACUCCUGGGUAGAAAAGGCCACAAAAGGAAAGAUUAGCGAUUUGAUUACAGAAGGUCUCAUCACUUCUCUAACUCGAAUGGUUUUGACCAGUGCCAUUUACUUUAAAAAAAAGUGGGCUCAAGAAUUUGCUAAAGAAGCUACCCACAGGAAAUUGUUUUACAUUUCUGAAGAUGAAACUGUAAACGUUCACAUGAUGUAUCAGAAACAUAGUUUUCGAUAUGGAGUGAGUGAAGAACUGAGCUGCUCGGCCUUAGAAUUGCCUUACGAAAAUGGAUUUGUAAGCAUGGUUAUUCUUCUUCCUCAUGCCAUAGAAGGACUGGGGGUUCUAGAAAAAUCUUUAUCUAUUAAUGCAAUUAAAGAAUUGAUUAAAAAUAUGGUUAAAGGAAAUGUUCAUGUUUGGUUACCCAAAUUUCGUCUUGAGGAAAAAUUAUCCAUGAAGAAACAACUUACAAGAAUUGGGAUAGAAGACAUGUUUCAAGAUGAAAAAGCUGACUUGUCUGGAAUAACUGGACAACAGGACCUAUUUGUGGGAGCAGUGGUUCACAAAAGCUUCGUAGAUGUCAGUGAAGAGGGUACUGAAGCUGCUGCAGCCACGGGAAUUGUCUUACAGAAACGCUCCUUGCCGAUUAGAGAAGUAGCAGAAUUUAAAGCUGAUCAUCCUUUUCUGUUCUUGAUUCUAGAAAAUAAGUAUAAGUCAGUCUUGUUCAUGGGAGCCUUCAAAAACCCUCCAGUUUCUGAUCAAGUUGAGGGUGAACGUUGAACUACACUUUAUUGUAUCUUAGAUUUCUGUUUAUUUAUUUCUACUUGAUUCCAAGGUUAGUGUGUAAUUGGAAUUCUACAUAAUUAGUAAUCUUGCAAUGUAGCAAAAAAUGAUUAAUCAAGUAUCAAAUUAAUGAAAGCAAAAAGAAAACACUGAAAUGGAUUGACAUAUUUUUGUUUAGUUUAUAAUAAGCAAUUUUUCUAGUGAUUUUGAUGUACCAUAACUUUAUUUGUACCUUUUUUAAAGUACUUUAGGUUAUGAAGUAAAUAUAACAAACAUGUUUCAAGGUUUUUAUCAGGUGACUAAUUACUCUCUAUUAAUUUGUCAAGUGGAUAUGUUUUCUUUAU